UGGAACCAGGCUGGUGUGUUCACAGACCAUCUGUUUUAUUCAGCAAUCCUGACUCUGUUCUGUUCAGCGGUCAGGAUCUGACGGUCGGACGGUGGAUGUGAGCCGUCUCUUUAACCAGCCAGGUGGAGACGGUGUAAACGGACCCAGCAGAUGUCACCGGUUUCAUGUUCACCGUGAGGAGUCGUCUCUACUGAGAAGCCUCCCAGGAAAUCCUGAAACCUGUUCUCCGCAGCAUGUCCACAUGGAGACGCGGAGCUGGAGCUUUUAACCACAGAGAACCCAAAGUGUCUCAGCGUUGAUCAUUUGAUUCCUGCUUCACCACAGAGCCAUGGUCUCGUUUCAGCAGCACAACGAAGGUCUUUCAGAGACCAGCUCCUGGCAGGCUGGUUUGUUUUAGGUUUUAUAUCACGAUGGGAACCAGAACCUGGUAGGAACUCUGUGUAAACACGAAGACAUGGAGACAGAGAGACUUUUGGGAGUAAUGGUUUAGGCCUUGUAUCCAUAAGAGAAAAAUAAUAAUCUGCUAAAAGGCUUUAAAAGUUUAGGCGUUGUACCUGUAACAGUGAUGAGUUUAGAUCUAACAGCUGUUUCAUUCAUCACUUCCCUCCAAUCAGCAAACAGGGAAGUGUGAAAUUAAACAGGCAGAAAAGGCUGGAGGGAAUAGAUCAGAGAAAGGUCAGAUCACAGAGGUAAGUCCAGGUCCAGACGAGAAACUCUGAUCUUCCUCUCCUGCUCCUGGAGGAUUCUCAAGCAUCUUUAAUCCCUCCAGAGCCUGCUCUGGGAUCUCCUCAAACAACAAAGCAGGAAACCCUUCAAAGGGAAUUUACCAGGAGGCAUCCAAAUCAGAUGCUUGAAUCCCCUUCUGUCUAUAAGAAGGAGUGGCGUUUCUACUCAGAGUUCCCAGCUCCUCACCAUCAUCAUCUCUGGGGCUGAGCUGUGCCUCCCUACAGAGGAAGAUCCUGGCAGGUGUUUUCAUCCAAGUUCUCCAUAUUUCUGUCAAAAGCUCAUGAGCACUAGUGGGGAGAACGUGAGAUCCAGACACAAACCGGAUCAACGCCCUGAUCUGUUAUCGCUCUGUCUCUCCUCCCAUCGCCCAAAAGUCAGUCAGCUGGAACUUGGUAGUAGUACUGUAACUAGUACUAGAUUACCACGAGUAGACUAGUGACGCUAAAAUGUUUAGAACUCCCCCAAAAAAUCUAAAUAAAAAGAGUAAACUGUAGAUCCAUAAAUAAAUGAUAAAAAAGGAUCAAAAGACAUGAGACCUUUUGGAUUUUACUCAUUUAGACAGACAGAUGUUUUCUUCAGGGGUUUUCCGGUAACUCUCUAAAAUCCGACACACCCUGAACGCAUCGGGUGAAACAACUCCGUCAUUACGCACAGAGACGUACAGGGUUCGACCAAUCAGGUGCGGCGCCCUGCGCUCAGGAACCAGCAGAUGACCAGGUGGGAGUAGCAUUGUCUCGUCUAGCCGCGGCUCCCGGUGGCCGUGAGCGGGUUUCUGGCCGACAGCUCGACAUGAUUUACUUAAUUCUGAUCUCCGCGUUCUGCGGCGCGGUUCUCACGCUGCUGCUGCAGUUCCUGCUCAUUUACCGGAGGAGCCCGGAGCCCCUCGGCAGGACCGUUCAGUAUGUCAAAGUGGUGCCUGACGACGCGCUGAAGGAUUACUUUAAUACCCCGCACACCGAGCCGAACCAGCACCAGCAGCAGGACGGCUCGGCCGCGGCUGCAUCCCGGCAUCAGGAGGCCGCCUUCAGCAGCAGGCAGCCGGAAGCGGCGGUGUCCGGCGGCGGUAGCCCCAAACAGCCGCCGCCACCGCCUUCACAAAGCGAGCCCCUCGAUGCGGGCAGAGCCGAAACCUGCAAUUUCCUUAACGCGAUAUUCCUGUUCCUGUUCCGGGAGCUCCGGGACACCCCGGCGGUCAGACACUGGAUCACCAAAAAGAUCAAGGUGGAGUUCGAGGAGCUGCUGCAGACCAAGACCGCCGGCCGGCUCCUGGAGGGGCUGAGUCUCCGGGACAUCUCCCUGGGGAACUCACUUCCGCUCCUCAAAAGCGCGCGGCUGAUGAAACCGGUCCAGAUGAACGAGGACGGGAUGCCCGAGGAGCUCAACUUCGAGGUGGACAUCGAGUACAGCGGCGGCUUCCACCUGGCCAUAGACGUGGACCUGGUGUUUGGGAAGUCCGCCUACCUGUUCGUUAAGAUGCGGCGCGUGGUGGGCAGGCUGAGGCUGCAGUUCACGCGCAUGCCCUUCUCUCACUGGUCCUUCUCGUUCGUGGAGGACCCGCUGGUGGAUUUUGAGGUGAAGUCUCAGUUUGAGGGGAGGCCGCUGUCCCAGCUCACCUCCUUCAUAGUUAACCAGCUGAAGCGGGUCAUCAAGAGGAAACACACCUUACCCAACUACAAAAUCAGAUACAAGCCCUUCUUCCCGUUCCAAGUGCAGCCUCCUCUGGGUCCAGCGAGUGACUUGGACCUGUCGCUGCAGGACAGCAGGCUGGUGGAGGGCCGACUCAAAGUCACACUUAUUGAAUGUAGCAGGCUCUUCAUCCUGGGCUCCUACGACAGAGAAACAUAUGUUCACGCCACCCUGGAGCUCAGCAGUCACCUGUGGAAGGAGAAGAGUCGCAGCUCCAUCAAACGGACUGAGGUGGUGAAGGGCGCGUGUGGCAGCGUGGGCAUGACCUUCAGGCACGUUCCUGCCUACGAGGGCGAAGCGGUUUAUGUCAGCAUCGAAACGGUGAUGCCCAACUCUCCUGCAGCCAUGGCGGACCUGCAGAGGGGAGAUCGUCUCAUUGCUAUUGGAGGUGUCAAAGUGACGUCUUCGGUUCAAGUGCCCAAGCUGCUGAAACAGGCGGGAGACAAGGUGGUGGUGUGGUACGAGAGACCAGUUCGUCAUCAGACUCCUGCUUUGGGAAACCUUGGAACCCUGCAGGAAGGACUUGGGCCGCUAGAGGAAACGGGUUUCAUUCCCCAGCCUGGAGGCUACGAGGAGGACCCGGCUCCUAUCACCACCCUCUCUGAUGUGUCCGACAGCAAAGACAUGGACUCUGAGUUUGAGGAGCUGAUCGUGGACUCCAAACCUGGUCAGACUGGUACCACCACUAACACCAGUGACACCAAGGAGGAUUUCUUACUUGCUGUGAACCAAAGCCCUAAAAGGACAGUGGCCAACUUGGCCUCCAAACCGCUCGGUACCAUUUCACCCAUCCUCAACCGCAAGUUAAACCUCGUGGGUCUGCAGUCACCGCUAAAGCCCCAGGUCAAAGAAUCACCUAAACCAUCACCACUUAAGACCAUUAAUGACCCAGGAGAGGGUCUGCAACGCCCCAGUGUCCCCCCUCCACCUCCUCCGUCACGCCCCCCGGUCCCACCGCGUCCUCAGAUCAAGCUGACGUCAGCAUCCUCAGAAACCAGCCUUUUAGAGGGCAUUGAUUCUGUCACCACCACUGCUGCUGCUUCAGUCGUCCCUACUGUGACUGCAACCAUCAGCUCUUUGGAAAAGUCUCCAGAGAAGGCUCCUCCCCCUGCAGUCAUCGAGGAUAAGACCGGUUCUGAGAAGACGAGUCUAAAACAGCCUGAAGCAAAACAGUCUAUCAAGCCAUCAGAGUUGAGCGACGAGAUGAUCGGUCCCACCUCUGUGACUGGAAACAAGAGCGAUCAAGCCAAAGACAAGGUUUCCGAGAGUUCCUGCAGCACACGAGACAGUUUGGACGAUCACUUACUCUGGGAAUCUCCAGAAAUCAUGUUCCGGAACCAGACGGCCCACUGGCCCAAAGCCUCAGUGGUGUUUGAGGUGGACUGCAACCAAAAGUACCUUAACGCGGCCUUGUGGUGCAAAGAUCCCUUUAAGCAAGGCAGCUUGUUGUGCCUGGGUCAUGUCAGCCUCCAGCUGGAGCACAUCGCUCUGGAGUGUAUGGCCACUUCUUCUGCAGAGUACCAGAGCACCUUUAGGUUGUUGCCCCCAGAACCAAGAGCCAACGUCAGUCGUACCGCUCUGCGCAACCUCAGCACCCACAAGGGCUUCAACGAGAAGCUGUGCUAUGGAGACGUUACCUUAAACUUCUGUUACCUUGGUGAAGGCGAGCAGGAGUGUCCAGUGGGGCUUAUGGAGAGGGAGAGGGAGGGGAGCCUCCAUGAUGAGGAUCUGAGGGAAAGGGAACCUGACCUCGCAGUAUCUCGUGACGACUUGGCCUACAGUACCAUUCAAGGGGCAGAAGUCCGCCACAACUUCCAGGAUACCCAGUUUCAGAACCCUACCUGGUGCGAGUACUGCAAAAAGAAGGUCUGGACCAAGGCAGCUUCUCAGUGUAUGGUUUGUAGUUACAUUUGCCACAAAAAGUGCCAGGAUAAGUGCCUCGCUGAAAGUCCCUUCUGUGUUGCAACCGCCGAACGUCGUGGGGCUGACCCUGAAGCCAAAUCCACCAUCAACCGGGCCACCGGCCUAACGCGCCACAUCAUCAACACCAGCUCCCGCCUGCUCAACCUGCGUCCGGUGCAAAAGACUCGACUCGUUGAGCAUGUGGCGGACGUGCCCGGAGCUGUGGAGCCAUCGCCCAAACAGACUCCCAACACGUCCGACAACGAGAGCAGCGACACCGAGACCUACACGAGCGGCGCCAGCCCCUCCAAGCAGCCCGGCGGCGCCGGCGCCAAGCUCGCACGCAAGGAGGGCGGGUUGGACGACAGCGUCUUCAUUGCUGUGAAGGAAAUCGGCCGUGACUUGUACCGAGGGCUGCCCACAGAUGAGCGCUCCCAGAAGCUGGAGUUGAUGCUGGAUAAGCUCCAGCAGGAGAUCGACCAGGAGCUGGAACAUAACAAUUCCCUUCUGAUGGAGGAGAGAGAGGCGUCGGACGCCCGGCGGAAGGCCCUGAUCGGGACGGCUCUGACCAAGUCCAGCGAGCGGCUGCAGGCCCUCACCCUGCUGAUGAUCCACUACCGGGCAGGCAUAGAGGACCUGGAGUCGGUGGAGAGCACCUCCCCCUCGGAGCAGCAGGGCCUUAAAGCUAAAGCGGAGAGUCUGGAGGAGGAGGCCCUGAUGGGAGCGGAGGUGUAUGACAGUGACAUGUGCAGCCCUGUAGAGGGCCAGCUGGCGGAGGACAUCAGCGAGGAGCAGAUCUGUGUGGAGGCGCUCCAGUAGGCCAGACGCUUGGGACUUCUGCUUCUCGGAACAUCACUUCCUGUUUGUGGUUCUGAUACGGAGACAUUUCAGUAAUCCUUGUGAGAUUGGAGGAUCUGAUUUACCUGAGAAUACAUGAAUGAGUGAGUGAAGUUGUUACAGAUGUUCUGAUUUGCACUAAGUGACCCCGUGGUAAGGCUGCAGGAUCUAAAGGGAAGCCGUGAUUGGAGCAGCAGGUUUGUCCUGCUCUCUGUCUCGUUGUUUCAGACGGACUUUAGGACACGUCCAAUUUUCUUUGUGGUUCAGCCACCGGUCACCGCCUGUGACCUGUAUGGUCUUUGUGAAAGAGACAGUCGGGCUUCUGGAGUUUUCCAGAAACGGAACGUUACAGUUUCUGUUUCCUACAAGAAUUUCUUGUUUGUUUUUAGCACUUUCAAUGGUUACGUGUUUGGAUGUGGAAGCUUCGGUUUGGGAACAUGUUUACUACGACGCAGGUGUGAUUAUCCUGGUUAAUGUUUCUGUUACAUCCUGUUUCUGUGUUUGUUUAUCUUCCUGCAUCAGAUUUCAACAUCAAACCUGCUUUGUGUCCGAAGGCUUCAGGUUGGAGCAGCAGGACGACUUAUUUUCCUGUUAGUGUUUUUCUGAUGAUUUCAGUGGCAGUAGACGAGAAACCUGCUGUUGUGUGUUUAGCUCCUUCCAGCUGUGUGGUACAGCUUCCUGCAGCUGAUAAGAGCGGCAUCAUCCCAGGAACCAUCUUUAUUUCAUUAGAUCUCGUCCAUCUUAGCAGAGUUUAAACCUUUUGUUACAGAUGAACCUUUUUGACCCUUGGAUGCUUAAACACUGCUUUUUGCACCUUAAACAGCAGAACCUGCAGCUUUGGUUUGCAAUAGAAACGUUUUAUAUGUUAAAGCAAACUGCAGUGAUGCUGCCACAUGGAGACGAACCCCAACAUCACAUAACUUGGUAUAAAUCAGACAAACGAUGCACGGCAAAAUACUUGGCCCUUUUGACCUCUGGAGUUUUUUAAUUGUUGGAACCUUUCAUCACAGUUGAUGGAGGACUGACUCUCCUGCAGAUAAAAACAUCACAUUUAUUUAUCUUUUUAUGUUGCCUUCAACAGUUACAGCAGAUCAGUGAAAAUGACCAAAAUGCACGUUGGUGAAGUGAGAAGCUGGAUUUGGUAUAAAGCUGCAAAGCUUCUGCACUCGUUAGUUUCUGUAUAUCCAGAUUUUUUUGUGCAAUAUUUUUGUAAAAAAAAAAAAAAAAGAGAAGUCGAUAAACAUUAAUGAGUCACUGUAGCUGUCUGCAUAAACCCCCGAAGAGGAGUUCACUUCAUCUCACAUCCAUGUUCUCUCUGGGCCUGUGGAGUGCUGCUGCUGCUUCUGGAACAACGUGCUCUACUAAAGCUUCCACCCCAGGUCCUGACCGCUCAGAGACUUCACACGCUGCACGAGUCCCACCACGGCUUUGAGCAGCUCAACAAGGUGUUUGUAAUCUUUACUGUUUUCUUAGUUUAACCGUUCUAGAGGAAGUCUUGUGAUGAAGCUUCAUUGUACAUAAAUAAAUAAGAACAAGUGAAUUCCCUUAAA